ACCCUAAUUGGGCUUCUUCGACAUAGCCCACCCAAAACCAGAACAAAACCCUAGCUACAUAUAACCUCUGUCAUAGCGGCCACCAUCUUAAGCGAACCAGAGAAGAUCCGAAGAAGUAGAGCUCUUGUGCUCUCCGAAGACGAACGCCAUGCCUUCACACAAAUCAUUCAUGAUCAAGAAGAAGCUCGCAAAGAAGAUGAGGCAGAACAGGCCCAUUCCUCACUGGAUUCGCAUGAGGACUGACAACACGAUCAGGUACAAUGCAAAGCGCAGGCAUUGGCGUAGAACCAAGCUUGGAUUUUGAGGUGCUAUUUUGUUUAAUUCAAUCAAGAUUUUUGUUCUUGUUUUUCAAUAUUUAGCUUAAAGUGGAUUUGAGUUUAAUGUUUUUAAUUUCUUGGAAUUUGAAGAUGUUUUUGAUUUGACCUUGUUUAUCAUGUAUCUUAAAUGAUGUUAGGCCAUUUGUUGUUUUGAUCUAAACUUGCUGUUUUUGAUAAUCAAAGGAAAAUCUUUGCAGAGA